CGUUCAGUGUAGAAUAUUUUUUGCAAGAUCAUUGUAAAAACCGGAGAAUCAAAGAAUAUUAAGAAUUGUGCAUUAAAUUAAAGAAUAAUGGCAUUAAACGAUAUUUUGAAGCAUAUGCCAUCGAUUAACGAUGCCUAUAAUGACUUUAAAGCAUGCGAGGAGUUGAGUUUUGCUAAUUUAACGCAAAAUAAAGUUCUUUCAGUGCCUCCUUAUUGUAAUCCAGUGGAGAAUCUUGCAAAGUUACAGGAAGGAAAUAGUGAUGUUAAAAUUCAUUUUGAUCAUGGAACAACAACAUUGGGAUUUAUUUAUCAAGGAGGAGUUGUUAUGGCUGUUGAUAGUAGAGCCACUGGCGGUCAAUAUAUUGGUUCUCAAUCAGUUCGUAAAGUCGUUGAAAUUAAUGAUCUCUUACUUGGUACAUUAGCUGGUGGAGCUGCUGAUUGUACUUAUUGGUAUCGUGUAUUAACUUCUGAGUGUCGCUUGUAUGAAUUGAGAAAUAAGAAGAAAAUAUCAUUAGCAGCAGCCACAAAAAUCAUGAAUAACAUCAUCUAUUCCUAUAAAAAUUCUGGCUUGAGUAUGGGAAUGAUUUUAGCUGGAGGUGAUAUGAAUCAAGUAAGUCUGUACUACUUGGAUUCAGAUGGAACUAGAACAACUGGAAAAGUUUUUUCAGUUGGUAGUGGAUCAAUCUUCGCAUUAGGUGUUUUAGAUUCAGGAUAUAAAUGGGAUUUGAAAGACGAAGACGCUUAUGAAUUGGGUCGUCGAUCAAUUUAUCAUGCAACUCAUCGUGAUGCAUAUUCUGGUGGAACUGUCCGAGUCUAUCAUGUUAAAAAGGAUGGAUGGAACUUAAUUUCUGAAGAAGAUUGUCUCAACUUACAUCGCCGUUACCAGGCAGAAAAAAAUAAUUAAUAAUGUUCAUGAAUUAUUUUCAGAAAUAAAAAACUUUCCUUAAUUUUU